GUGUGUGUAUGUGCUCUGUGCUCAGGUAUGCAUGUCUGCGUGUGUGUGUGUAUGUGUGUGUAGGUGUAUGAUGUGAGACAGCGUGUCGGUACAGAUUGAUGACAAGGCGGUCCAAGGGAAUGCACAAGGCGGAGCGGAGAAGGAGAUGUUUUGCAUUCUGUGUCGCAUAGUCACUUCUUGCUGAGCUCUCCGUCUGAGCAGACGCCCACGUGUUCUCUCCCUUUACCUGUCCCUCUCUCUCAGGCAGGUCUUGGGAUGAACGCACAUCGGAUGGAGUGAUAGGGAAGUCGAAAGGAGCAUAGUUGGACAGAGUGCUGAAGAGGACAAAAAGCCACUGAGGUUUAAAAAACUGAUAGCGGAUUUGCUGUGAGCGGUGAAUGAAGGAUGAAUCUGUACAGGAGCUUUGGCAGCCUGCUGGAGACUUGGGUGACGGAGGGUUACCCCAUACUGGACUCACAGGGGCAACCCAGCGGGGGGGUGGAGGUGGAGGAGUUGGUGGAGGUAGUCUCAGGUGGUCAGGUGGAUGCCUUCAGGAGCAGCUCACGAGACUCUCUUCGGUUCUCUGGCGCCACAGCCCGCUCCGAAUCGGAGGACUCCGGCGUGGAGUUGGUGAGCCCUGGCAGUCCGUGGGCAUCCCAGCAGCACGUGAUGGCUGUGGCCCCUCAGGCCUCUGGUGCAGGGGAGUCCGAGGGGCGUGGUGAGAAGGUGGUGUCCUCAGGAGGGGGACAUCUACCCACAUGCCCGUCCUCCCCUGCCCUCUCCAUCCGCUCCUGCCCUUCUUCCCCAUCUUCGUCGUCCUCCUCCUCCUGCCAGUCUAUAGGGUCCAGCCUGUUGCCCCUGCCGACUGGCGCUCCCACCUCAGGGGCAAGAGUGGAGCAGGCACUGCGGCGGAUGGACCCGGUGCGCUGUCAGGUCCCGAGGCACAGCUCGUCGACGUCUUCGUGGUUGUCGAGCAGAGGUGACCCCGAUACCCUCCCAUGGAAGCACAGCAGCACAGCCAACCUCUCAGCAUGUUCAGCAACAGGCCCACAGGACUGCAGGAGUCAAAAGUCACGGAGCUUUGAACAGGGGGAGGAGCUGACCUCACCCUCCUUUCUUCCACAGACCACUGGAGUACAGGCAGCAGAGAAAAGGCUCCAGAUAGACCCCAACAGUAGGCCUAUAACACAACUGAUAAACAGACUUGAAACACAGCACACUAACCUGUCUUCAACACCACCGACCAGCAGGCUACAGGCACAGGCUCCCGGAGAAAAUGGCUGGGUGGAGCCCUCACCUGGAUUCCUCUACCUGGAGCAGGUGUGCCUCAUGCUGGAGAGGUUCGCCCAACUGCAGAUGCACAGCCGUGGGCUCCAGAUGGAGAGAGAACAUCUCAGGAACCAGCAGAACCACAGCAUAACCAACAGAAUACAGCACAGCCCUCAGCCCUCUACAGUAAGGCAAUGCUCCAAUUUCCACACCAAUGAGGCUGUCAGUCGAAAACACAACAAAAAAACAAAAAAAAAGCACGAAGCGACUAUAUCGUCUGAUGGGCACGACAACCUGGGAGAGCUCCGCCAAAGAUCCAGGUCCGAUGCGGGGAUGCUGACGCCAUAUCGCCAUCAACGAAGGCUGAGCAAGAGUAUUGGAAACCUUCUGGAGGAAGAUGAGGAGGAGACAGUAGCUCUCAGGACAGCGGAGAGCCAGGAGCCGAGUGAGAGGGAGAAAAAGGCGGCCGGAAAGGGUCUGAAGAUUGCAUCUCUGAGGAGGAAUGAGGCCAGACCGGAAUAUUCGACUGCAAGGUCAGAGACGCUUCCCAGGCUGGGAAAGAAGUCAAGUCUGAGAGGCCUGGGAAAAUUCUUCAAGAAAAGGUCCAAGACAACAUCAACGUGACGGACCCGAUUGCUUCCAACCUCUUUCGUCACUGAUCUGGAAUCAGUCUCUCACGUCUCUGCCGUCCAGUUCAAUCUCCAUCCAGUUUGACCAAACUGACAUUUGUGCUACAGAGGAGCAUGGUGCGAAUUAUAGUGCGAUUUGGAUAAUUCAUUGCAUAAUUCACAUUCUAGUGGAGCACAUUGAGACCUCUUUAUCCUGGGCUGGCCUUGGGAAGAUGGCUGCCUCUACUGAACUGGGAUUAGCUCCAGGUUUCUUCCUGCAGGGAGUUGGUUCCUUGCCACUUUGACCAAAGGUCUGUAAUGAUGAGUUAAGACUGUGGUUACUAAUAAGCACCUUGAGGCAAUGCAAUAGGCUAGUGAUAUAAGCACUAAAUGCAAUGAAAUGUAAUUCAAUUGAUUUAAAUUGAACUGAACAGAUACCACAUAUUUUUUUCAGGGGAUCCUCAGGGAGACUCAAAAUACUGUUUAUGCUUUGAGUUUGUUUAGCCACUUAAGAGUGGCUAUUUGAUCUUAUCUGUUAUGUGUCCAUUACCUUUUAAAAAUGUAAUGAAUUGUAACAGACACACCUGCCUUCAGAUCCUACAAAAGAGAGCACUCCUUGUCCAAAAUGUUUGUGUCAUUGUACCACCUUUUCUGUCCUCUGUAAUAUCAUCUGACCAUGAACAUGCCCUGUAGCACAAUAUAUGCAAAAUCCUUUAUUAUGAUAUGCUGCUAUCUCUUGUGAACUUCAUCACAGAAUAAAACUGUCUCGCUAAACCUUGGUACCUUGUUACUGAUACUGCUAAUGUGCAUCCCUGGGAAGAACAUCUCAUAUGGUAUACCAUACAUCAAAAUAGCAUACUCUCUCUAGCAGCAUCAGUUACAUUUGAUUUUUGAUUGUCAUUAUGUUUUUUAUUGAUGACUAUUGCAUGUUUUUUUAUUGAUCUUAUGUGAUGUAAGGUGACCUUGAGUGCUAUGAAAGGCGCCAUUAAAUAUAAUGUAAUGUUACUAUCAUUAUUAUUAUAAGAAUUGUCACUGGAAAGAAUUUUUAGAAUCAGAAUUCAGAAUCAGAUCCUGUUACCAAUGUUAGCAUUUCUGCUAGCUCCCACCACACUGUGCUGUACUGUACUGUGCACCUUGAAUAUGAUUGGUAGGCGGGGAUGAUAAUCUCUUUGGAUCCAUAUUUGAUGGACCCAGGUAUUAUUUAGAAUGUUCAUUCUAUGACAUUCUACAGAUACUGGUGUGACGGUACCUGCUGAACUCCAUUUAUCACUUAGCUCUCUUUUAUUAUUAUUUAGCUCCUUCUGGCUAUCACAUAUAUGAUGUCAUUACUAUCAAUUCCCAAAUGACUCUUUCAAGAAAAAACAACCCAGAUAUGGUGUCGGUACCUGACUACAGCCGGUGGUCAAUGGUUUGAUUUAAUGAAGGCAUUUAUAUAUAGAGAGAGAAUUUCAGCUUGGGACUGACUAUUGAUUGCUUUCUUGAAGAUUCUUCCUUGUCAAGAUCCAGGUCAAGCAAUAUUGUUAUGGUGGUUAAAG